GAUUAUAGUUCGUUGCACACACACGCAAAGUUUAAGGCAGAACAAAACAAAAGUGGUGUGGAAAAGAGUUUUUAAUUCUUAUUACAACUUAAAAUAAGCAAAUCAUAAUAUUAUUACGCUAUAUUAUAGCCAAUAGGUAAUUCCAUGGCGAUUUCGGUAAAGAGUAGAAUCAAAUUAGAAGAAUCAGCUGGAACUAGCUCUCAAAUUAAUGCUAUAACUGUUUUAAAAACUGGUGAGGUUGGUCAAACUCAUAUCGUACAACCAGUACAACAAACUUCUGUGAAUAUCAAUAGUAAUAGACAACUUGCAAAUGCUUUACCAUAUGGAAUUAAUCCAGUUCAUAAAAAUGUUCCUAAUAAAUUAAUGGAUGAUGAUAAACAUCGCCUAGAUCAUAAAAAUAGAAAUUCUUCUACAGUUGCUGUCAAUAAUGAUCAUUAUGUUGUAACAGCAUUAGUUCCCAAAAUAGAGCCUAUUGAUUCUUAUGACAUUGAUUCUACUUAUGUACAGUAUGUUGAAGAAACUGAUAAACAGACAAUUUUCAAAAAUGAACAAAAUAUGACGUACCCAAUUUAUACUGUGAAUGAGAGUGGAACAAUGUAUCAAGCUGGUCAGACCCAUUACGCUCCAAGUACAAAUUCGUAUUCACAAAUUAUAAACACUUUAGGCCAACCGACAUGUCAUGCCCAAAUUAUAAGUAAUGGAACCUAUAUUGUACAACAGAAUGUUGACAAUUAUCAUACUAUUAUUUCUACUUCUCAAAGAGACAGCCCAAAUUCUACUAUAUCUUCGGAUAUGUCAUAUCAUACAGUAAGCACUAUUGACUCUGACAUAACAAACACAAAUAUAAAUCAAUUGAAUGAUAUCAAGUUAAAUACAGUAAUGCAAAACUCCAGUCUUAUGCGCACAAAUAAAAUUUCUCCUGUAAUUAUCAACUGGCUGAUGGAAAAUUAUGAAAUGGCUGAAGGAGUGUCAUUACUUCGAUCAACAAUAUAUAAUCAUUAUUUAACACAUUGCUCGAAAACUAAAAUCGAUCCUGUAAUUGGACCAUCAUUUGGUAAAAUUAUCCGAUCUGUGUUUACAGGAUUACGUACUAGACGUCUUGGAACUCGAGGAAAUUCCAAAUAUCAUUAUUAUGGUAUUAGAAUUAAAGCUAGUUCAUUAUUAAAUGACUUUAAAGAAGAAGAAAACCUAUCAAAUCAAACAAACCAAAAUAGUAGUUCAAAAAAUAUUAAAUUGAUUAACAUGGAAGAAGAAAAUUGCAAUCAAUACACCAAUAACAAUUCAGAUUCUACUAAUUGUUCUCAAAACUUUAUUCCAUCUUCUCCUCAAGCACAAGAUCAAGAAUAUUUAGGCGAUGGUACUAAUGUUGUACCAGAAUUUCCUGAUAUUAUAUUGAAUGAACUAGAAUUGGAUGAUAAUUGUACUUUAGAUGAUGUAGAUACAUUCAAAAAUUUGUAUCGUGAACAUUAUGAAGCAUUUUUAGGUGCUAUAUUGAAUUUAGAAUUUAACACUGUUGAGUCACUCUGGCGUCAAUUUUGGUGUAGUCAAGAUAAUAAUAACGAUAAAUGUGAAGAAAAAAAAUGUUUAUCUAAAAAAAAGUUAUAUGCAUUGUCCAAGUGUAAAACAUUGCAAUUAUUUGUGAAAACUGCUGACUUUCUAUUUUAUCAAAACUUAGUAAAAGUUUUAAUUCCAGAUGUUCUUCGAACUGUUCCUAGAACAUUAACACAAGCCAUUAGACAUUUUUCUAAAGGUGUAGAGUCAUGGCUUAUUUCGGCAAUGCAGGGAUGCCCAGAAGAAAUGAUCUCAAUAAAAGUGACUGGUGUUAGAACCUUUGCACAAACAUUGCGUAGAUAUACUACUGCAAGAGCUGUGCUUCAAAAUUAUACCCAAAUAAAUCAAAUGCUUACUGAUUUGAAUCAUGUGGACUUCCGUAAUAUACAAGAACAAGUUCAACUAAUAAGUACUUUGGGAAGUGAAAAUGAUUCAGUUUAUACAAAGAAGAGAGUUUAUAGUAAAAUAAAUGAAUGCUCUGAAAUGAUUUCGGAUUUUAAUGAACUCUCUAAAAAAACAAAAACUCACAACUAUUCGGCCACUACUUCUACAGAUACAGAAUGUUUUAAUGUCUUAGUAAAAAAUCCAUCUAAAGAAACCAACAACAAGAUAUCUAAGAUGGAAAUAAAAGAAGAAAUACAGUCGAAAGAUGAAUUUGAACAAAAACAUAAUUUAAAAAUAGAGUACUUGAAAGAAGAUAUAUUUGAAGAUUAUACACAAGAGAUAUACAAUGAUACUGCUAUGAUUAACUCUUCUUACAAUCCAAGUAUUUCAGAAGUCCAUGAAGAAUACUCUAAAUUAUCUCAUAAAUUAUCAACAAAACAAAAGAAUGAACAGAAAAUAAUAAUUAAGGCGGAAAUAAUGUCACCGACCUACUCAAAUAAACGUAAACGACAGACAACUGAUAAAGAAUAUUCAAAAAACGAUUUUCCUCGAUCAGAGGACUCGGGCGAGGAGGCAUGUGGAUAUGAUAGUAAUAAUCGUUUUGGUGAUUACAAUGAAGAUAAUUUUGAAUUUUUCGCUGCUCAAGACGAUUACAAGUCGGAAUAUCCCACUAUGGAUGACACAGGUCUGUUUUCUUGUCAGUAUUGUGACAAAGAAUUUAGCAAUGCCAAUAGCUUAUCCAGACACGAAAAUGUUCACACUGGAAAAACUCCUAUCGAGUGUGACGUCUGCUUUAAAACAUUUAUCAGCAAAUCAAUAUUGUGUAUACAUAAAAGAUCGCAUACUGGAGAGAAACCAUAUGCCUGCAACGUUUGUGGACGAUCGUUUACACAAAAGUCACAUUUGGUUUUACAUCAUAGAACACACACAGGCGAAAAACCAUACAAGUGCGGCCUGUGUGAAAAAAAGUUCUCAUCAACCAGUGGUCGAGCAGAACAUACGCGUAGACGUCACCCUUACGUUUGAUUGCAGUACACUAUAUACGUUAAUGAUGUCCUAAGAAAUAUUCGCUUCUCCUGAUGAAAACAUAGCUAAUUUAAAUUUGUCGGGAAUCUUUUAAGAAGCAAUUUAAAGUACUUCAACAUUUAAAAUGAACGCAUAAUCUUUCUUAUAAUUUAUUAUAUAAUUAUUGUUAAUUGUUAACACUUUGUAUACCUA